GUUGCAGUAUCCACAGACCCCAUGCUCACCAAUCACAGCACACCACCCCACCUUCAAUGUCUCACUCACCCUCUUCAACAUUUUAGCAAAAAGCUUUAGAUUCAUUCCUUGGAGCUGGGUAACAUUGCUUUUCAGCUUGUUAUUAGUGUUUCUGUUUUCUUUUUCUUUCUUUCUUCUCCUUUCUUUACUUGCUCAGGCCUCAAUAAAAGUUCCAAACACAAAAAGAAAAGGCAAGAAAAGCAGAGAUCUUUUCCCAGCUUUUUUUUUUUUUUAAAUUUUCUCUUAACCCUUCAAAAAGAAUCACUGUCUUAACCUGUUGUUUUCUUUUCCCACCUGGGUUUUCCAAUUCCACCUUUGUUUUUCUUUUGAGCUUUUUUUUUUCUUUUUUCUUUUACUUACUGUUACUAAGAUAUCAAUCAAAGAGCUUGAAGCUGCAUAGAGAAGCUUUUUCACUUUUCACCACUAAAGCUUUCAUCUUUCCCAAUUCUUGGCUUCUUCUUCGUCUUCUAUUUCAGUUCCUUUCGAAUUGUUUCUUGGUUUCUUUAUUUUCACUGUUUGCUUCCCAUGGAUGUUUAACUGGGUAUAGUGUAGAUCUCAGUAUUGGGUUCUAGGGUUCCAUACUGGAAUAUUUUUAAGAGUUUUAUUUGUCUAGUUUUAGCAUUGGUUUUACUAAAGAUUUGUUUGAUUUUGGAAAAGUUGGGUUCUUUCUAGAUUCCUUAGGGGUUAUGCAACUGCACCGCAAUAAAAAGCUAUUCUGAUUCUUCUUUAAUGCUUCCUGAUUUAACACUGAUAUUUUCUUGGUGAAAAAUCUCCACCUCUCUGCAUUUUCCUAUCUGGGUUCUUUUUUCCUUUCCUUCUUUUCUCUGUUUUCACCAAUCCAACUCCUUUUAUCCGAUCUUUUUUUCAUUGGGGAAUUCUUAAAUUUCUUUAAAUUCUCUGGUAUGUUGUUAUUGUAGUUUUGCUUUGUGUCUCCUUUUAUUUUUUUCGUUUGGUUUCUUGCAAUGAAGUGGGAUAUAGGAGUUCUUUCACCUACUUCUUAUCUUUCAAGCACUAACUGGUUAAUAGAAGAGAGCAAGAACACUAAAUGGACUCCAGCAGAGAACAAGAUGUUUGAAAAUGCUCUUGCUGUUUAUGAUAAAGACACUCCUGAUAGAUGGCAUAAGGUUGCUGCUAUGAUUCCUGGGAAAACUGUAGGAGAUGUGAUAAAGCAGUAUAGAGAAUUAGAAGUUGAUGUUAACAAUAUAGAGGCAGGACUGGUUCCAAUUCCUGGGUAUAACACCUCAGCUUUUACACUGGAUUGGGUUAAUAGUAAUAGCUAUGAUGGGUUCAAACCAUCUUAUGCUUUUGGUGGGAAGAGAUCUUCUUCGGGUCGGCCUGCUGAUCAAGAAAGAAAGAAAGGAGUUCCAUGGACAGAGGAGGAGCAUAAGCUGUUCCUGAUGGGGUUGAAAAAGUAUGGAAAAGGAGACUGGAGAAAUAUAUCCCGGAACUUUGUUGUAACUCGAACGCCUACACAGGUUGCUAGUCAUGCACAGAAGUAUUUUAUCAGGCAACUUUCAGGAGGGAAAGAUAAGAGAAGAGCUAGCAUUCAUGAUAUAACAACUGUCAACCUUAAUGAAAUAAGAACUCCUUCCCCAGAAAACAAAAGACAAGCUUCACCUGAUCAGUCAUCAGUGUUUUCUCAGCAAUCUAAUGGUGUUUCCCUGCCUAGAACACAUUUUCAAUGGAAUCAACCCAACAGUGGAGCAAUUAUGGCUUUCAAUUCAACAAAUGGGAAUUUGUUCACGUCUUCAACUUAUGGGGUUAACUCAUAUGGAAUGAAAUUGCAAGGUUACAAUCUGCAUAGUGGUUCUCUUCAUGAAUCUUACAUUGGACCUCAAACUAUAGCUUUUCAGAUGCAAUCUGCACAGCACUACCCUGAUGGAUAAAGAAUACAAAUGGCUUUAAAAUCUCCAAUGCCGUACCUCUUCUGUUAGUUCACUGGUAUAGCUGUGUCUGAGCUUUCUAAAUUUCAUUUUAACCUUUUCUUUUUUCCGGGGUCUUUCUGUGUAUAUUCCAUCAAGAAAUCAAGUCUACUUGAACUUGGAGGGUAAAGGAUUCUGUUCUGGUUGGCUUUUCAAUUCGGAGUUAUGAAACUGAGAGGGAAGGUUUUCCAUUCUAGGGUUAUCCAAAAGAUCAUCUUCUUCUCUGUUAUAUGUAGGUAGUGGUGAGCUUUAUCCAAAUGUGCAUGGGAGAAUGUGUUCAGUUAAUGGAUAUUGUAGUUCUAAAAGGAUCUAGCAAAUGAUUCUGAAGUGAAGAUUAGACUCCACAGUUGCUGUCUGCCUGCCCCUUUUUCUGAUACCUUAAGAUAGUCUUUCCAAGAUAAGAUUAGAGGAACGCAGAGAGAGAUCUAUAUGCAUCAUAAGGUCUAGAGAAUGUACAACUUAUGAUAGGAAAUAAAGGGAUCGACAAGAUCAGCAUCUGCCAUUAUUAAGCUUA